AGUUCACUCUCGCCCCUGUAAAGAGGUGCCCAUUCCAAUAUGCAUUAUCAUCGAGAACUUUCACUUCACCAAACGGAAAUGGGAGCCACCCAACAACAACCGCCGCACGUCGCCGUCAUUCCGUCGCCGGGAAUCGGUCACCUCAUCCCACUCACCGAGUUCGCCAAGCGACUCGUCCACCGCCACUUCUCCGUCACACUCCUUGUCCCAACCGACGGCUCAUCCACGGCGGCCCAAAAAUCCGUCAUCGAUUCCCUACCCAAAUCCGUGAACUCCAUUUUACUUCCUCCGGUGAGCUUCGCCGACUUCCCCAACGGCGUCGACACGGAGGUUCGGAUCUCACUCAGCGUGACUCGCUCGCUCCCAGCCGUGCGCGACUCGCUGAGGGCGUUGCCCGAGCCGACUCGCCUCUCGGCCUUCGUCGUCGAUAUCUUCGGUACGGACGCGUUCGAUUUGGCCGGAGAAUUUGGUGUUCCAGCGUACGUAUUCUUCCCUACAACCGCGAUGGCGUUGUCUUUCCUUUUCUACCUGCCGGAGCUGGAUGAACGGUUUGAUUGCGAGUACAGGGACUUACCUGGACCGGUAGAGCUCCCUGGGUGCAUCCCGGUUCAUGGGAAGGAUUUAUGUACCCCAGUUCAGAAUAGGAAGAGUGGGGCCUACAAGUGGAAUCUUAGCCUCUGCAGAAGCAUCAAACUUGCCGCCGGGAUCAUCGUGAACAGCUUCCUGGAGUUGGAACCGGGUGCUUUCAAGGCUUUGAAGGAACACUGGAUCGGUGUGCCCCCGAUUUACCCCAUUGGACCGCUGAUACAGACCGGUUCAACAAGCGGGGCUGAUGGGUCCGAGUCCCUGAAAUGGCUGGAUCGACAGCCGCCUGGCUCCGUGCUGUUCGUUUCAUUUGGGAGCGGUGGAACGCUGUCCCAUCGCCAACUCACUGAGCUAGCGAUGGGCCUCGAACUGAGUGGGCAAAGAUUUCUGUGGGUCAUCAAAAGCCCGCAUGAAGAAGCUGCAAACGCCAAUUUCUUCAGCGUUCAGAGUAUGAAAAACCCAUUCAGUUUCCUUCCAGAAGGAUUCUUAGAUCGGACCAGAGAUCUUGGAUUGGUGGUUCCUUCGUGGGCUCCUCAGGCUCAGAUCCUGAGCCAUGGCUCCACCGGCGGGUUUCUGAGCCACUGCGGGUGGAACUCGACUCUGGAGAGCAUCGUCCAUGGCGUUCCGAUCGUCGCCUGGCCGCUAUACGCGGAGCAGAUGAUGAACGCGGCUUUGUUGUGUGAGGAUUUGAAGGUCGGAUAUAGAGUGAAAGCAGGGGAGAACGGGGUGGUUGGAAGAGAAGCUAUUGCCGGCUACGUGAAGGGCCUGAUUGAAGGAGAUGAAGGCGGCAAAUUGCUGAGAGAUAGAAUGAGAGAUCUGAAAGAUGCUGCUGAAAAGGCUCUGAGCCGAGAUGGGUCUUCUUGGAAGUCUUUCGAGGAAGUGGCUCAGAUAUGGAGGAACCACAGAAGAGCAUAAACGAAGAAGACGAAGGGUUCGUUUGGCUAGGUUUUUUUGUUUGUUUGUUUUUAAACUGUUUAAAGUGUUUACAUUAUAUAAUAUUUUAAGUUAAUAAUAUGUUUAAAUAAAUAU